AUGUCUUCCUCACCUGUUGACAUCGAGAAGAAAGCGUCCCACUCGGGAGACAACAUCGUCACUGAAGAGGAUGUCGGCCCCGCGGGGGAUGGCGGCCACAUGCACCGCUCGUUGAAAGGUCGCCAGGUGUCCAUGAUUGCAAUUGCUGGUACCAUUGGUACAGGCUUGUUCCUGGGGUCUGGCAAAGCUUUGGCGAAUGGUGGGCCCGUCGGUGCCCUGUUGGGCUACCUCUUCGUGGGUAUACUUGUCGGUUUGAUGAUGUACUCCCUCGGUGAAAUGAUGGUCUGGGAUCCUUCAGCGGGGGGUUUUAUCGAGUUUUCGACCCGAUAUGUCGACCCCGCCAUGGGUUUCGCUAUGGGCUGGCAAUUCUGGUUCCAAGCCGUCAUGACUGCGCCUGUCGAAAUUGUCGCCGCUUCCAUUGUCAUCUCAUUUUGGGACCACAACGACGACCACAAGGCCAUCUAUAUCGCGGUUAUGUUGAUUGGUAUAAUCCUCGUCAAUCUCGCCGGCAUCAAGUACUUUGGCGAAUUCGAGUUCGUCUUUGCCUUCAUCAAGAUCAUCACCGUUAUUGGCCUCGUCAUUGCCUGUCUUGUCAUCGACCUGGGAGGUGCCCCCGACAAGGACCGCCGUGGUUUCCGCUUCUGGAGGGAAGAACCCUUCAACAACCAUUUCUUCCAAGUCGAGCCUCCUUCAAAAGCGCGAUUCCUUGGAUUUUGGGCUGUUCUUACCCAGGCCGCCUUCUCGUAUGGUGGCAUGGAAGGCCUUGCUAUGAUAUGUCUGGAAGCUGCUAAUCCACGGGUGUCUAUGCGAACUGCCGUUCGUGCUAUUUUCUACCGUAUCGUCCUUCUCUAUGUCUUUGCUAUCCUGCUCAUCGGGAUGUGUCUCAGCCGGAGCGACUCGCAUCUUUUACAAGCUAACGCGGAAGGUUCCGGUACUGCGGCUCAGUCGCCCUUCGUCAUCAUUAUCACCAACGCCGGCAUUAAAGUCCUACCCCAUAUCAUCAAUGCCGUCGUCCUCACCUCUGCUUUCUCUUCGGGCAACGAGUUUUUGUAUUCCUCCUCGCGAUCGCUCUUCAUGCUCGCACAAGAAGGAAAGGCUCCGCGUAUUCUGGCCAAAGUCACGAAAAAUGGUGUCCCUGUAUACUCGCUUGCCGUUUGUUCUUUGUUCGCCUUGCUCGGAUUCCUUGCUUGCGGAAAGGAAGGUGCUAAUGACGCGUUCAACUGGCUGGGUAACAUCACCACUUUGGGCUCCAUGAUUACCUGGUGUGGUAUUGCCAUCGCGCACAUUCGCUGGUACCGCGCGAUGAAGGUUCAGGGCCUGAGCCGCGACGAGCUGCCAUUCAAAAGCUGGACCCAACCCUACGGAGCAUGGAUUGUGCUGAUCUCAUUCAGCAUUAUCAUCUUCUUCAACGGCUACACGACAUUCAUGACCAAGCCAUUCGACUGGCAGUCGUUCCUCUCCGAUUACAUCAACAUCCCGUUCUUCGUCAUCCUCUUCGUUGGCUGGAAGAUUGCGAAGCGAAGCAAGUUCGUGUCGUUGGUGGAGAUGGACUGCUCGACACACUAUGUUGAAGAUAGUGUUGUGUACUCCAAGUACUAA